UGCUGUAGCCUGUAACUCAAAACCAAAACAGAUGGGAUGUUUUCGUGUUAAAUCUCCAAUAAAUCGCAGAGUAUUUCAAAUAUAGCUUUGACUCUGUGCGGUCGAUUUACCGGCUGUCUCUCUCUGUGUGUCAGACGACUGAGGAGUAGCUAAACUGCGACUGAGAUGGAGGACCCUGGUGGUACCGGAGCAGAGUCUGUGGCUCAGUCACCAGCAGGUGCAGCCAAGUCAAAGCUGGACACACUCUCCAAAGAUGACCUUAUCAAGUUUGCCAAGAAGCAAAUGGCUGGCAUGCAGAAGAUGAAGAGCAGAUGUGCAGAUAUGGAAAAAGAAAUGGAAUCCCUGAAACAACAAUCCAAAAACAGUCCAGAUGACUCCAGUCUGAUACAGGAGCUGACUGAGAGGAUGGAUGCCUUACUACUGGAGAAGGCAGAAACUCAGCAAAGUCUUGCACUAUCUCGGAAAGAUCUAGAGAGGACUAAGCAACAAGCCAAGGAUGAUCUAGCAUUACUGCAAGGAGAGCUUGACCGUGUUAUAGAAGAGCACCAAAUGAAAAUUAAGACCCUGGAGAGUAGCAUUGAGAAAUCUAACAACAAACACCAAGAGGAAGUGGCUUACUUCCAGACAUUACUGAAAGAACAAAAAGAAAGUCACCGACAAAGGGAGAGUGAAAGAGAGAGGGAGCACCUGGCUGAAUGUGCCAGCACAAAAGAGAGUGCUGAAGAAGUCCACUGUCACUUAGCAGCUCAGCUGGUAGCCCUUCAAGCUGAACUGGAAGCAAUCCGAGAGCAAAAAUCACAGGAAGUUGUCGAGCUGCAGGAGAGCCACCAAAGGAAGUUGACAGAGGCCCAGCAGGAGGUGGAGAACCUGAGAGAGGAGCUGGCUCAGAAGAGCUUGCAGCACGAGGAGGAAAUGAGGGCUCUGGAGGAGGACUGCGAAAUCGAGAGGGAGCGUCUCCUGUUGCUUCAUGAGGAGCUGACGGAGCAGCUCGCUCUCAAAGACAGCUACCUGCAGGAUGUGCAAGAGGAAGACGAGGAACCUGCCCGUGGGUCGGGGAUCGCCAAAAUGCUGGAGCUGUCUGGCUGCAGCCAGGGUGACACCAACCACGGUGACGGAGAGGAGACAGAGACUGGGAGACUGAGGGGAGCCUUGGAAGAACAUCAAGCCCAGAGCACCAUGUUACAGGAUGAGCUCACCCUGCUCAGUAAUGUGAAGAGUGAGCUCGAGGCAGAGUUGGAGAGGGUCAGGGAAGAGUUCCAGAUGGAGAGAGAAGAGCUGGAGUUCAAAAUCAAUGAAUUGCAGAUGAGCCGGGAAAGUGCUACUAAUGAUGCAGCCAUCAGCCUGGACCCCGAUCAACAAGAAGUCCAAGAAGGGUUCCAGCAACAGAGUGAAGCACACAAAGGUGCAGAGGACACUCUUCUAUGUGAAUCCAAAGAGUCAGCAAUCAGUCCUGGGGACCAAAACCACUUGAAUCCAGACGAGCUGAGGGCUCAGUGUGAGGCCUUGAUCAGGGAGAGAGACUCUGCCCUGGCUGAGUGUCAACACAUGAGAGACAUCCUGCAAGGCGUGGAAACAGAGCUGGGUGAGAAGACAAAGGAUUUUGUUCUUCAGUACAAAGCCAUGAAGGAGCGGGGGGCAAAUACUGUCAGGGAGCUCCAGGACAAGAUAGAAGAACUUAAUCAGGAGAGGGAUGAUCUGUUAGAGAGGGUUAGAGAGGUUACAGAGGAGAAGAACACUCUGAUGAACAGUGUACAAGACCUGAAUCUGAAACUUGAAGUUUCCACAGCUGAGGAGCAGAAACACCAGUCCUCUGUAGAGGAACAAACAGCUUUAGCCUGUGAGCUGAAGGAGUCUUUGGAGGAACUGACCAGGCAGAACGAGGAAAUCUUCUCCAAACUGCAUGUGAAGGAAAACAUGACUGAGGACCUGAAAGAGAUGGUCAGCACGCUGACUGAAGAGCGAGAGAAAAUACUGUCCCAGCUUCAGCACAGAGAAGAGGAAAUGCAAAAGAUGAACAAUGAGAGAGCAACAGCGAUGGAGAGGCUGCUGGAGGAGAAAGAGAAAGAGGCACUUACGUGCAGAGAGGAGAAACUGAAGGAGAUGGAAAGCCUGAAAAAAGACAAGGAGAAUGAAAUGCAACAUCUAAAAGAGGAGAGAGAAAAGACAGAGCAGCGCCUGAAAGAGGAGGUAGACAGAAGGCAGGAGACAGUUUCUGCUUUAGAGCUGACUAUCAAAGACCUCUCCACACAAAAGACUGAACUCCAUCAGAAAUUGGAAGAGACAUCCUCUGUGCUUUCCAAAGCCCAGGAAACAAGGGAGCUUUUGAGCUCCAAGCUGGAAGCCCUGGAGGCUCAGCUAGUGCAGGAGAUGUCUGAAAAGAACCACCUGGAAGUGAAGCUGAAUUCAUUGGCAGAGGAGGUAGAGCAGGCCCGUACCACCAUUACAGCUCUGGAAGAAAAUCAGUGUGAAGUACACAGAAACUCCUCUGAAGAAGUUGAGGAGCUCAGAGUCCGUGUAGAUGAGCUGGAAAAGGAGAGGAACCUGUUGAGGAAUAGUCUUCAGGAGGCUCAAGGGGUAACAACAUCAGAGGAGGUACAAAAGGAGCUCCAGGCUCGAAUUGUGGACCUAGAACAGGAGAGGAACAUGUUGAGAAGCAACCUGGAGGAGGUGGUGAAGGAUACUGAAGGCCUGCAGAAAGACCUGGAGGAUAUGAAGUCAGUCAAUGAGAAGAUUAAUGAGGAGAACAAGAAACUGCAGGCUCACAUUUCCCUCAUGACUCAAGAGAAAGAGGAGAAGGAGAUGGUGGACAUGCAGGGAGACAUGGAGAAAGUGAGACAAGAGCUCCAAGACCAGCUGACAGAGAAGGAUUCACUCAUAUCUCAGUUGAAGAGCGAGAUGGCUGCUCUCCAGGGGUCUGCUGCGUCUGAGGAAAAUGCAGAAAGUGAGAUCACACAGAAAAUAGCUCUACUGGAGAAAGAACACAAAGACAAGGAUGAGAAGAUGAACAAAAUCAAGGCAGUGGCCAUCAAAGCAAAGAAGGAGCUGGACAUCAGUAAGAAAGAGGUUGUAACCCUCAAGGAGGAAGUGGAAUCACUGAAAGCAGAGAGGGAGAAAGUGAACAGCUCUAUGAAAGAUAUCAUCCAUGGGGCUGAAGGCUACAAGAACCUGCAGAUAGAUUACGACAGGCAGACAGAGCAACUGGAUAAGGAAAGAGAGAAGGUGGAGGCGGCAGAGAGACAGAUUGCUGAGCUGACCAAACGACUCAGCAGUGCUGUCACACAGACGGAAACAAUGAGCAUUGAGAAGGAGGACCUGCUGGCCAGUAUGGAGACCACAAGGAGUACAGUGAGGCAGCUUGAAGCCCAAAACCAGGAAGUGCAAAGACGGUCAGCCAGUCUGGAAAGAGACCUGCUGGCCGAGAGAGCUAUGAAAGAGCAGAAGAUCAAGGACUUGUCUUCUACCAUGAAGGAGGUAGAAGAGCUGACAGCCCAGCUCCGCAAGCAGCAGCAGCAGUCUCAGCAGACUGCCCAGGAGCUGGAGCAACUACGCAAGGAGGCACAGCAGAGCUCUCUGCUGGACAUGGAGAUGGCCGACUAUGAACGCCUGGUGAAAGAACUCAACACCAAACUCUUAGAUAAAGAUGAGUGUACUGAGGAGUUAAAGGGUCAGAUAAACACACUGACCCAGAAGGAGAACACACUCAAACAGGAAAUUGAGGCUUUGAAGUCCCAGCUGGACCAGGGGGAGGAGAAGACCUCCAAGAUGAAACAGCUGCUGGUGAAGACCAAGAAGGACUUGGCCGAUGCCAAGAAACAGGAAAGCUCCCUCAUGAUGCUGCAGGCCUCUCUGAAAGGAGAGCUGGAGGCUCACCAGCAGCAGCUCGAAAGCUCCAAGAUCGAGGUGUGUGAGCUGACAGCCGAGCGCCAUCGUCUGCAGGAGCAGCUGAGGUCUGCAGUGGAACAGCAACAAAGAACCAGCAGCUCCCUGCAGCAACGCAUCAACAGCCUGCAGCAGGAGAGAGACACUGCCAAGGCAGAGCUUAUGGCAACAGCCGGUGAAUUUGAGAGUUACAAGGUGCGAGUCCACAAUGUUCUCAAACAGCAGAAGAGCAAAACCACUGCCCAGACUGACGGAGACUCUGGUAAAUUAGAGAGGGAGCAGUUGUCUUCUCGGGUAGAACAGCUGAGGUCCAGGCUGGCAGAGAGCCAUCAGAGCCUCCAGAGCAGCACAGCAGAGCUACAGCAGCUCCAGACUGAACACGACACACUGCUGGAGAGACACAACAAAAUCCUCCAGGAAACCAUUAGCAAGGAGGCUGAGCUCCGCGAGAGGCUGCUGUCAGUGCAGUCGGAGAAUGUGGCUCUGCGGUCAGACCUGUCCCAGGCUCAGGCUGACCUGUCCUCCCAGGUCGAGACCCAGCGCCAGACCUACAGGGAGCAGCUGAGGAAGCUGCAGGACGACCACCGGGCUACUGUGGAGACCCUGCAGGGUCAGCUGACCCGCGUUGAGGAGCAGCUCUUCAACCUGCAGAGCCAGAACAUUUCAGUGUCGGUCCAGUCCGGACGUAAGCCCCUGGCCUCAGACCCCCAGCGCAGAAACAUGGAUCAGACCCAGGCCGGGCUGGGACUCAUGGCCCUGAAUGACCUCCAGUCCAUGGCCAGGGAGGAGGGCGAGGGCAUGGAGACCACUGAGACUGAGAGCCCCUCUCCUGCUCUUACGCCGCUGCCCUCUCUGGAGCAUCUUCUCACAUCGCCAGACCCCAAACAAGAGCCGUUUGUUUGGACGGUGGAGCCUACCAAAGAAGAACUAAGUCAAAAACUGAGCACAGCCACCCGCAGUAUGGAGCACAUGAACAGCCUCCUGCAUGAAACAGAGGCCACCAAUGCUGUUCUCAUGGAGCAGAUCACUUUGCUGAAGAGUGAGAUGCGCCGUCUGGAGCGAAACCAGGAGAGGGAGAAGAGUGUGGCCAACCUGGAGUAUCUGAAGAACGUCCUGCUGCAGUUCAUCUUCCUGCGAUCUGGCAGUGAGAGGCAGGCGCUUCUGCCCGUCAUUCACACAAUGCUGCAGCUCAGUCCAGAGGAGAAAAGCAAACUGGCUGCCAUUGCACAAGGUGAGGAAGAGGGCUCUGGGAAUCGGGGCUCAGGCUGGACCUCCUAUCUCCACAGCUGGUCUGGGAUCAGGUAGACUUGAUGAUCAACCAACCACAGUAAAAAACGAUAGGAUGAGGAGUAGGAGGAAGAGGACAGAUGUUACUGGGCCUUUUUCUAAAAACGCAUACAAAGCAGUGAUGCUGUACAUUCGAAAUAGUGGCAUAAGUGGGAGCUUAACUGGGGCAUUUACCAACACGGGACAAGGGACCAAGGAAUGUAUCAGAUAAGAAUUAGGAAGUGUGUGUCAGAAAUCAAACCAAAACAUUUGACAUGAAAAUUGAUUUGAAUUUGCCGUGCAAUAGUUAGAUUAGUCUCCUACCAAUGAAUGUUAACUGUGACAAAUUCCUGUCUUCCUUACUCUUACUAUUGACAAGUGUAUUUAUAACAACCUUCACUGGACAUGAGGUUACUCCUCCUUGAAGUGGAGCUCAUUAGGCAUUACAAGGCAACAUUAACAGUAUGAAAACAUUGUGAGUGGAUGUAACACAUCAUUUGGAUAUCAUGAUAUAAUCACAACAUUGUAUAACGCACAUGAUGUGCGAGAAUUGUGGGAAGAGGAUAACUGCAUAGUUAGUGGCAUGAUAUCACUUUCAGAAUGAUAACUUCUCAAGAUUUUACCUGCACUUCUAAUGGGCUUCUGCUGUGUAGCACAGUGCGCUUAAAGGACUGCCAGAGUUUAGCUCAUUGGGUACAAAUCACACAUGCUUUACGUGUCUUUCAACAGUUUUCAAGGGCACACUGAGGUGUUGAAAGAUUUUUGAAUGUGUUUUUAUUACCUCAGAGGCAGCCAUUUUUUUCUAUUCCUUGCAGAAUGAAAAUGGACAUGAAAUUUGCACAAUACAUCGACGUACACAUCCUCUCUGCUUUUCUUUUAUACAAAUUGUUGCAGUAAAGGUAGAAAAAAGACAUUUAAACUUAAAUGUAGCAUGUUUUGGAAAACAAUUAGCAGUGGUGUUAAGUCUGUGUGAUUUUAGUUAAUGGGCUAAAACAUGCUAAAGCUCUGGUGUGGUCCAUUUAAGUCUUUCUGGUAUGUCCAUCAUAAUCUCAUUUCCAUACAAAGGAGUGCUUUUUAUAUUCUCAGGUUCACCUGACACAAAUGACUGACAGACUAUGAUCAUAAAUAUCAUAUUUAUACUUUUUCUGACUGAUUUUGCAGUUGUUCACUAAUGCCUCACAUUCUAAAAUCAGAAGCAGGUGUGUUUUCUUUGACGUUUGAUUUAUCACAUCCUGUAGCAAUGAUUGAUUUGUGAUUUUGUUCUGGUUACUGUGUAAUUUGUUGUUACUGUUUGUUGCUGUUGUUAUUAUUUAAUGCCAAAUCAUUAUUGUAAUAGCUUCUAUGACUGUUUUGGGAAUACUUUAUGACGUGUCAGUUGCUGUGCUGCUGUUUAAUCACUGGACAUGAAAGAUUUGUUGCAACUUCAUCUGCACAGCUGUCUUGUUGAAUGACGGCCCCCAUGACAGCAGGCACAUCCACCCUGCUUAAGUGUCCUUGAGCAAGAGUCCCUGUCAGACCCGUGGGUGCUGCUUUUUACAGUGCCUGACCACAACGUCUGACCUCCAUGUAAAGCACACAUCCACCCACAUUAUAUGUGUACAUUUUUGCUCACAUCCUACCAAUGAAGAAGAAAACUGGCUUGUUAAUUUUUCAUUCCAGUGGCAGCUUUUUGUGAUUCCUUCAGCGUAAGUGAAUGUAUUUGUAUCUAAAGUUCUUAUAUGUAUGGUUGAUAACCUCAGCAGAAGCUAUGAGAGAUUACAAUAACAAUAAAAUCUUAUCUGUGUAAGGAUGAGGGAGCAUUUACAGUAUGAUAACUAGUUCACUGUAGAACAAUUUAUGUCAGAGACCAUUCUUGUUUUCAUUUUUUCUGGUUAUUUCCGCCUGUAAACUAAAAUAAACUCAACAUGGAUGAAAAUGU